UAUCGGCUUUACUUCAAUUUUUGUUCCUUGUUUGUCAUUUCAAUUUCAAGAAUCUUGAUUACAUAAUGUAAAAAUUAAUCGAACUCCAGGUUCUAUCUGGUUUAAGAUCACGUUAAUCUCGUGUCCUCGAAGUUGGUUGGGUUUAAAAAUCGUUUAGUAUAGUCUUUUAAAUAGACAAUGUCUCUCACAUCUGUAUCACGCCAACAAUGAAAGUUGGCAUGCUAAUCAGUACAGUAGUGCUUUUGUCUUUAAAACAAUUUGGUCACCAUUUGGUUGCAAGCCGGGCCAUUCACUGAGUUGUGACAACAACCGUCAGAAGUCCUUUGAGGAUUCAUAUUCACUCAACCACAAAGAGGCUGGAGAAUUGUAUUGGAGUCAUCGCUACACGAAUUAAAAAUGGAAUAACACAACAAGGAUGUCAGCCACAGCCUUGGGUAUAUGAUUGAUGAGAAUCUCGAUGAGCUGUUCUAAGAAUCUCCUUCAGAAUUCAUGACCGGGACAAUCCCAUGAGAUUGACUUUGAUGCAGCUUGCCGCUUGUGGGCUUGGAUUCACAGGAAGGAGACGCAGCAACCAGUUUUGACGCUGUUUCAGGCUUCAUAUGAACAAAACCCAAAGUUAUUAUGCAUUAAAUACCAAGAAUUAGCGAGGGAAUUAAUAAGAAAACUUGAACUGGCGAAAAUACAAACGACGAGGAAGGGAGAUAUGGGGUCGGCAGCUUAUGAGCCAGCAUUGAAAAAGGCCAGAAUUUUUUCAGUGACUCCUCUCUCAGUAGAUGAGAACGGAUUUGGUAACAGUAGUGGAGUCAGUGGGCAAGAUCAGGUCAAUGGCGAUCUCGACUGCCGUCGAUUUGGAACACCUGAGGGAUGUCCUUACGGAACCAAAUGCAGGUUCAAGCAUGGCCCAGCAGAUGAAAGACAAAUUGAGCAGCCAGUGUCCGCUCUGGGGAGCAAGACCAAGCCUUGCACUAAAUUCUUCAGCACAUCUGGGUGCCCAUAUGGAGAAGGGUGCCAUUUCCUACACUGUGUACCAGGAGGAAUAGCUGCCUUAGGCCUCAUGCCUUUAGGAGUUGCUGUGGGCACUCCAACUGCGCUAACGCCCACAUCUGGGAUGCGCACCGUGAUGGGUGGAUUUGGCCCAAAUUCCAGUACCCCUCUGCCUGGAGGCUCCCCAGACCCAAGUGUGACAGUUGGGGGCUACAAAACGAGGUUGUGCAACAAGUUCAGCACUCCCGAAGGAUGCCGAUUUGGGGACAAGUGCCACUUCGCUCACGGAGAAAGUGAUUUGCGACCUUCUAAUGUCCGCUCCAACGGCGUCGAUCACUUGGGAAAUUGCAGUUACCAGAACUGGUUAUCGUAUAUGCAAGAGUUGUCAUUGCAUAAGCUGCAGGCCGCGUACGCAAAUGGAGGCACCCAUCUUCUUCCACCCGUUGCGACUGCCAUCUACUAUGGAGAACCAACACCUCCAGGAGUCAUGCCAGCCACCGCAGCAGGAUUUGGACUUAAUAGUGGGAAUUUAAAGAUGAGUAUAGAGGCAGUCUUAGCGGGUGCCAUAAUAGGGAAAGCUGGUGCAAAUGUCAAACAAAUCAGCCGCUUGACAGGUUGUAAGCUGACAAUACGAGACCACGAAUCAAACGCGAGCAUGCGCAACGUAGAGAUGGAAGGCACAUACGAGCAGAUUGAGCGUGCCAGCGAGAUGGUGAGGCAGUUUUUGUCCCACAAAGAGGUGGUGCCUCAGCGUGUUGCAGCCAUUGCCUCACACAACUUCAAAACCAAGUUGUGUGAAAAUUUUAGUCAAGGGACGUGCACCUUUGCUGACCGUUGCCAUUUUGCACAUGGUACCUCUGAGCUACGACCUUUGACGAGGUCAUAAUGCUCAUCGUGGAGCCACUCUCUAUCUUGAUGUAGAUUAUUUUGCACUUUCUUACAAUAUCGUGACAUUACAUCCACCUCGUGUAUGCAAACUUGACAUUAUUCAGUUCUACACCCACUAUUGAAUAAAUCAUGCUGUUCUUUGGUAUUUCUACAA